ACAAAGAAAAAAACAAACCCUAACUUUUAUCCAAAAGCCAACGAUGGGUAUAUUCCAAAAAACCCUAAUUUCUGCUUUCCUUCUCUACUUGUUUAUUCUACCUCUUCUAGUCUCAGCGGCAGAGGAAGAAAGCGAAUGUGGCGGAUCCAAAGGUGGUGACUCUGCUGCGGCAAAAGCAUCAGUUCGUAAUUUCAAGAUCGUAGCCUUUUUCUCCAUCCUAUUUGCCGGAGUAAUUGGAGUCUGUUUACCUAUUUAUGGCCUCAAGUCAGAGAGCGAUUUCUUCAUGUAUGUAAAAGCAUUCGCCGCGGGAGUAAUCCUAGCCACUGGUUUUGUCCACAUUCUUCCCGAUGCUACCGAGAGUCUCACUAGUCCGUGCCUUGGAGAAGAGCCACCGUGGGGUGAUUUUCCGAUGACGGGGCUUGUGGCUAUGUCUGCUUCGAUCUUGACAAUGUUGAUUGAGUCCUUUGCUUCAGGUUAUUUCAACAGAUCUCGGUUGGAGAUGGAGGGUAAGACUUUGCCGGUGAGUACAGCAGGAGAUACGGAGGAACAUUCUCAUGCUGCCUCUGCUCAUACUCAUGCCUCACAAGGACAUUCCCAUGGCUCUCUUCUUGUUCCCCAAGAUGAUCACACUGAUAUUAGGAAAAAGAUUGUAACUCAAAUAUUGGAAUUAGGUAUUGUGGUUCACUCAGUGAUAAUAGGAGUAUCUCUGGGAGUAUCUCCAAGUGUAAGCACAAUAAAGCCUCUCAUAGCUGCAAUUACCUUCCAUCAAUUGUUUGAAGGUUUUGGUCUUGGUGGUUGCAUCUCUGAGGCAAAGUUUGAAGCAAAGAAAAUUUGGGUUAUGUUGUUGUUCUUCUCACUCACGGCACCAGUAGGGAUCGGAAUUGGUAUUGGAGUGUCAGAGAUUUACAAUGAGAAUAGCCCAAUGGCCCUAAAAGUUUCUGGUUUCCUUAACGCUGCAGCUGCUGGAAUCUUGAUUUACAUGGCCCUUGUUGAUUUGGUAGCUCCACUUUUCAUGAACCACAAAGUUCAGAGUAGUUUGAAGAUACAAUUAUUUUGUAGCUUAUCUCUUGUUGUUGGUGCUGGUUUGAUGUCGCUUAUAGCUUUGUGGGCUUGAAUAAGUUUUAUGUGUUUUUUUCAUAGA